AUCCUCCCACCGCAGCCUUGUAAAUAUGAGACCCAAUAAAAGUCCUCGUGCACUGUGAUGGCUUCAUCUGGGGUGCUGGGGAUGGGUCACAGCGGGGUUCAGGGCUCCGAGGGGCAUGGGGAUGGCAAGGUUGGAGCUUGGAUGGUCUUCAUCCCUGCUCACUAAAUCCCCAUCCAGCCCCGUGUGGUUCAGCUCCCACCCACAGCAGGUUUUGCUAGACUGGGAGCAGGAUUUGGCCCCUUGUUGCACAAAGGGGAAGAAGCCCAGGCAGAGCUGGUCUUUGGGACAUAGUCACCAAAUCCCACCCCAGGAGCCCCAGAAUAGAAUCCCUAGGUUGGAAAAGACCUCGGAGAUCAUCUAGCCCAACCGUACCUGUCCACUACUAAACCAGAUCUCUAAGCAGCUCUCACUGGUGCAGAGCACCCCAGCACUCCCAGUCACACUCCCAGUCCCAGGAGACUGGGGAUGGCUUGGACGUGCCACUACUGUGUUACCUCUCAGCCAAGAAACCUCUUUGGGGCAGAUUUAGAUCCCUGUUGCUUUCAGGAACCGGCAUCACAGGCAGCUUCAAGCCACGUCUGCUAAAAAUGACAAAAAGCAAGAAAAAAACAUACACACAAAAAAAACCCACCCAAGAGUAAAAGGUUUGGGCUCCCAGCUUCACACUCUCCCCUAGUCUCAUCUUUUCCCACCAUCUCCUCCAGACACUGAUGGGCAGGAUCAGUCCCUGGUGAUUAGACCAUCACCCCCCAAGUGUGGGGUGCUGCUACCCCAGCCCCUUUUCAGGUCUCUUACCCCGACAGGGUCCCUGCUCCAGGCUCGCUCUGGCUGGGAUCUGGCAGUGGUGUAGGGGGAACACUCGUCCUUUAUAACAUCCCCGAGGGAGGUGGCACCUCCGGAGAGGUGGAGCUCCUCCACGCCAGAAGGACCCAUCCUGCUCCCACCAGCUCCCCGCACCUCCAACGGGGUGCAGGAUUGAUCCAGCCCCCAAUCUCCGCAAUGAGCAUCAUAUUCCAGCCCUGGGGAGGUGGGGGGACCUGAAAUCACCCCAAAAUCUUUGGGAAAGCAGCAAUGCCAACAGGGACAGUUGACCCUGGACACCCAUGGAAUGAAGAAAUGGGGCUGAUGUAGCCCAGCCCUGGUGUUCAGCCCGUCUCGGGAUGCAGGAUGUGAACCCCACACCUCUUGCAGUAAUGGGGAUGCAAGGCUGAGCCAGGAUGAUGCUCCAGGCUGAUGGGAGCCUCAGCACUGGGGUCCAGCACCUGGAGCUGAUCACUGGGGAGCAGGUGGUUCCACAUUUAUCUCCUCAAGAUGCUUCCUAACCCCACCCAGGAGGGUGCCAGCACCCCCAAACCAGCCACAAUGUCUCCUGGGUGGUGGUUUCCCCCCCACCUCACACCACAGCAGGCGAGCAGUUGGUGCUGAGCUACCGGGAUGGCACCUGGCAGAUGCUGAGCUCCACUUCCAAGCCAUUCACAUGGACCACAGCACCCGGCUUCUCCCCAGGGACCAGAGGUCACCGGCUGCCUGACUCUAGGCGGAUGACAAGGACCUGGUUGCCCUCACUGCCGGCUGCUGUGAUCAGGCUAAGUGGCUGAUUUUAAAGCAAGCCAAACGGGAGGAGAAGAGGUCACGGAUAUUGGGCUCCAGGCUGCCUAAUUCCCAAUUAAGAAGGUGCAGGGAGGGAGCAGGGUAAUGGUCUCUAUGGACACAUGACUUGCCUGCAGCAGAGGAAUUUAUUCAAGGCAGGACGCUCUUAAUUGUGAUAAUGAAGGCGAGGGGUUGGGGUGAGCAGGACCUUCAGCCUUCAGCCCUGUCCUCAGUGCUGUUUCUCCAGAAAGUGCUUCACCUGCUGACAACGUUGCCCACAGCACCAUCUUCAAGCCCCAUGUGUGGCUCCAGGACAGAAGCAAGGGAGAAAUUUGGGGUUCCAGGCCUUUGCCAAGGAGGUUUGGUGUUCCCAGGCUUCCUUGGUGCUGUUAGAGCAGGUAGGGAUGGGCUUGGUGUCACCAUCAUCCCAGAGCAGGAUGAGCCCAGCGCUGGGCAUCUCCCAAAGGCCACGCAGAGAUGGGUGGAGAGGACCAGCACCGUGCACCCCACCUCAGAUCCCACAGACAAUCCCAGAGGAGGAUAUGAGUUUGGUUUCCUCCCAGCAGACGGGAGUUGAAGCCAAGGGAAGCACAAAGCCUCUGCUCACCCGACUCUUGGAAGGACACAUCCCACCAGGCUGUGGAGAUGCCCCCCUUCCAUCCCUACCCAACCCAUGCCAGCAGUGGGACAAGCCACAAAGAGUCGGCAGAGAAGGGACCCCAGCCCCAAACCACAUCCGCAGCCUCCUCACGUUCUCCCAGCCGUCGUCAGAGUCAUCACCAAGGAGAAAACCAACACCUUGGCCUUGACCUCACGUCCUCGACCUCCAGCUAUUAGCCGAGGCCUCUGGUGUGGAAAGCAAUGCCUUUUGAUUUUUAAGGGAAAUGGGUGACGCCAGUGCCAGAAUGCGUAAGUAGGAGCUGGGACAAUAUAUAAACGUGCCCGCUGGCCGGGAUGAGAAGCCAAAGCUCCUCGAUCCACAACCAUGCUCUGCAAGGCCCUUGCCAGCUGCCUCCUGGGGCUCCUGGCUCUCUCCUCCGCUUGCUACAUCCAGAACUGUCCCAUCGGAGGUAAACGCGCCGUCCUGGACAUGGACAUGAGGAAGUGCCUGCCCUGCGGUCCCAGGAACAAGGGCCACUGCUUCGGUCCCAACAUCUGCUGUGGGGAAGAGCUGGGUUGUUACCUCGGCACCUCCGAAACCCUGCGCUGCCAGGAAGAGAACUUCUUGCCGACACCCUGUGCAUCCGGAGGCAAAGCCUGCGGCAGCAACGGAGGGAGCUGCGCGGCCCCUGGAAUCUGUUGCAGCAGCGGUGAGCGCAGUACCAGUGCCGGGACCCUCACGGGGGAGAGGUUAUGAUAUCGGGGAUGCUCCUCAAGGAUCAGCUUUGCCCCAUCCAUCUCCCCAACAGCCAGGGUCACCCCAAUCCAGGAAGACCAGAUCCCAACCCCAGGAAGGAGAGAAUAACCCACGGGGUUCCAGGGAAGGGGAAAAGCAGAGAGCAACCCAAAGCAGGAGACUAGCAGAGCGGGGAAGCCCACGGUCCCUCUCACUUUCAUUAUGGCUCUCCAAAAAUCCCAGCCACCUCCCUAGGUCAGAUGAGAUCCUGAUACAAAUCCUGGGGGGAAUUCUGCCCUGGUGUCAGGGUUCAAAGCAAAUGCAACCUGGCUUGAAGCUAUUAACACAUGGGGGUCUCUGAGGACUGGCUCCCACCAUCCCGCUUCACCCAACACUCUCCCCUUUCUCUCCCGGUGCAGAGGGCUGU